UGUUGAUGACGUCAGACGAACGGCCGAUUUUUCCCCAUUUUGGAUGUAAACUCGGAGCUACGUUAGCAGUUUUUUUUGUCUAGAUCAGAUUUUGUGGCUUAAACAAUGAAUAAAAAAGGUAACGUGUCGUGGGUGAAGCCGACUGAGCCCUCCUUUCUGAAGAAAUUCAAGACCGACGUUGGUUACAAAGAAGGACCAACGGUUGAGACAAAGAAACUGCAGAUGCCGACCUGUGAUGAGGACAGCGGUGACAGUGACCGGGAGGAUGAAAUGCCACAAGUUGUGGUCCUAAAGAAGGGAGACCUGAGCGCAGAAGAGGUCAUGCAAAUCAAAAAAGAAUCUAAAGACUCCAAGAAAGAUGAGGAACCACCUGCUGAUGGGAAAAUUAUAUUCAAGAAACCUGUAAAACGCUCCUCUGACAAGUUUGAAGGCAUUACAGCUAGCUCUAGCAAGAAGAAAAAGAAGAGUGAGAGUGAGGAGAUGAAGAAAGAUACAAAGUCUGGAGUGAAAGUGAAGAACAACAGUCUACUGUCGUUUGGUGAUGAUGAAGAUGAGGAAGACUGAUGCAUUCUGUCUUGCAUCAGGCUAUACUGAACUUGGUUUGGGCUGAGUUUCUUCUAAGUAUCACAACGGUAAAACCAACAUAUUAAUUAUUGUAUGUAUGAUUUACAGUUGUGAUCUUAAGGUACUCCAAAUUCUUUUAACUACAACCUAAUAAUGGAGGCUUUUGGAAGCCAGCUUAACAACUAAAGUAUAUGUGAUUUGUUCAUAGAACAGUCACUGUACAUUAGGUUUUUAUUACUUGUGCUUUAUACUGUUUUGUUCUGAAAGUCUCUGAAUUUCUGCAGGAUCAUUUUCACGUAAGGAGCAUCAGAUGAAUGUGUUAGAAUGAUAGUGAUAGGAAAUAUAUAUACCCCCUCAAAAUGGUAACAUUUGUAAGACAUUUUCUCUUCAUCAACAUGCAUAAUGUUGUGUAUUUGUCAAUUCCUUACCAAACGUUUUGAUACAUUUUUAACAUGGAUGGAAUUUAUGCAUCACAUCAUUAUUUAAAACUAGAAAGGUAAAAGCAAAAAGGUGAAUUGUAAACAAGAUCAGCUAGAACAAUAAAUUUAGGGGCUUUCAGUGAGGUCAGUGUACUGAAGCGGGAUGUGCGUGCUGCAGUAGACAAAUGAAAUUGUUCUGCUAACAGCAGAUGUACAAACUUGUAUAGCUUCUAUAAGGGAGCUGUCUUUCUUUUUAAUGUAUGCUUUAUUUUUGUUCUCAAGAUCUGUGGAUUGCUUAUUAUGGUUUACCUUUU